AUGUCCCAAAUAGUAUGUCUUACAAUAGAUAUAAUUAAUAAAAUGGUUAUUUAUUUAAGAGAUAGAAGUGUAAAAACCCGAUUAGGUAUUAGAGAGAAAAUUGAAGAAAAUAAUAUUUCCCUCAAAACAUUUCAAGAUAAAAAUGGUUAUAAUAUCACAUGUUUAGAAGGUGAAAAUUUGUGUUUGAAGGGCGCAAAUAAAGAAAAAAGACAAAAACUUUCAAUAUAUGUAUCAUAUUCAGAAUUUUGGGGUCAUGUUUAUUUCCUCCAUACGUUGGAUCACUCUCUGCCAUAUAAAAUUUUAAAUAUACUUAAAGAGAAUAAACUCGCCUAUCCGAAUAUGUAUACUGAUGUCCGAUCUUAUUUAAUGGUAGUAUGUCCAUUAUGUGCGCAUGCUAAUCUCAAAAACUUUGUGAUUCCCAAUUUUAAACAAGAGGAAUAUGAAAAAAUUUGUGGAAUUGUUGGGGUUCCACCAACAAGUCCACAAAUUUUUUCAAACCAAUCAAAACCAUUAGAUAAGUGCCGUGGUAAAGAAACAAUGCCUUUGUCUUUUAUCAUUGAUUGA